AUGGGCGCAUUGUCCCCAGCUGAUGAGGCCCAGCUCAAGGCCCAGCUGCAGGAUGCUGUCGUCUCGUCGACGGAACGUUGUCUAUAUCAUUCAGCCAAGUGGGCUGCAGAACUGCUCAACUCCCUCCCCGCCGCCGACGACCACGCCGACUCGGACACAGAUGUCGGCUCGCCCAUGUCUGGCACACCGGCCCCCGCCACACCCACGCCCGCCAUGAGCAUCACCAAAGACCCCAUCGAGGCCCGGCUCGAGGCUCGCGAAGCCCACCGCUUCCUCCUCGCCAAGACGUACUUUGACUGCCGCGAGUUCGAUCGAUGCGCCGCCGUCUUCCUCCCCGGGCCCCUCCCGCGCCUUCCUUCACAAGGCAAAGCACAACCACAGCCAACAGCCGCCUUGCCCACGACCCUCAGCCAAAAAUCCCUCUUCCUCGCCCUGUAUGCCAAGUUUUUGGCAGGCGAGAAGCGCAUGAACGAAGACAGCGAGAUGAUUUUGGGGCCCCAGGAUGGUGGCGUCACGCUGAACAAGGAGCUCCCCGCCGUCUCCGCCGUGCUGGAAGAAUGGUUCAAGAAGUUGCCUACCAGCGGCCGCCGACCGCAGGGCUGGCUCGAGUACCUCUACGGCAUGGUGCUGGCCAAGGGCAAAAACGAAGCGCUGGCCGUCGACUACCUGGUCAAGAGCGUGCACCACUACACCUUCAAUUGGGCAGCCUGGCAGGAACUGCAGGGCCUACUGAAUACGGUCGAGGAGCUUGGUAAGCUCGUCACGCGCCUCCCCCAAAAUCUCAUGACCUUCAUCUUCCACGUCUCGGCAUCCCAGGAACUGUAUGCGGUCAACGAGCAGAUUCAUCACUCCUUGUCCCAGAUACUCGACAUCUUCCCCACCUCGGCGUUUCUGAAAACCCAACGCGCCCUCUUACACUACCAUAACAAAGACUUUGACGACGCCGAGCAAAUCUUCUCCGACCUCCUCAUCUCCGAUCCACAUCGUGUCGACCACCUCGACAACUACUCCAACAUUCUCUAUGUCAUGGGCAUGCGCCCCAAGCUCGCCUUCCUCGCCCAACUCGCCACCGCAACCGACAAGUUCCGCCCAGAGACAUGUUGUGUCGUCGGAAACUUCUACUCGCUCAAGUCGGAGCACGAAAAGGCUGUCAUGUACUUCCGCCGCGCCCUCACCCUCGAUCGCACCUUUCUGUCUGCCUGGACGCUCAUGGGCCACGAGUUUGUAGAGAUGAAGAAUACGCAUGCUGCCAUUGAGUCUUACCGCCGCGCCGUCGAUGUAAAUCGCAAAGACUACCGCGCCUGGUACGGUCUAGGCCAGACGUAUGAGGUCUUGGAGAUGCAUUCGUAUGCCCUCUUCUACCAUCAACGCGCCGCCGCGCUGCGCCCCUACGAUCCAAAGCUCUGGAUGGCAGUCGGCCAAUGUUUUGGCAAAGUCGGCAAGAUUAUGAAUGGCAUCCGCGCAUACAAGCGUGCACUCGUCGCAGGAUCUUACUAUGAUGCCGGUGUCGGGAGCUCCUUUGGUAGUGGCGAGGUGUCUGGUCUCGGCGGUGGCGUCCUGGAUCCAGAGGUCCUCUAUCAGAUUGCCUUGCUAUACGAGCGGAUACACAAUAUGAACGAGGCCGCGGCUUACAUGGAAUUGGUGCUGGCCCAGGAGGAGGGACCCGAGGGUGAGGAGGGCGCGGAUGCGAGCGGGGUCGGCGUUACAGCGACGACAAGUAAGGCGAGGCUGUGGCUUUCGCGAUGGGAGUAUAUGCGCGGCAUGUAUGCGAGGGCCAUGGAGUUGGCCAAUGAGCUUUGUCAGGAUGGGGUCGAGGUUGAGGAUGCAAAAGCCCUUGUUCGGGAUAUUAGGGCGAGGAUGGAGGGAGGCAGAGGGGAUAGCCAUGUCUGA